AUGUACAACAUCCUGCUGAACCUUCAGAUCCACCGCCUGGAGUCUCUGGAACCAGCUGACCCCCCAGUUAGGACUGUUACUGGGGAGGGAGGGAGGGACACACUGGUGUUCGGUUUCAGCCAAACAGUCUGAUGACAACAUGAACUCACAAAACUCGCUGUCCUCCCCGCUGACCUUUAGGUCGGGGUAUUCUUCUUCUUCUUCUUCUCCUGUCUCCUGUCUAAAAAUAGGGACGCCUCUGGUGGACGGCGGUGGACUGAAGACAGAGUUCAGGACGAGCUGGGACUCUUCAUGAGAGAGACAGGAGGCUGUCCCACAGAAGACAAACUCUCUACGUCUUCAGCUGUGAACUCUGUGAACAGUCGGCUUAUUAUGGUUUUAGACCAACAUGGCGGGCCGACCGUCAACAAAACACGUGUCAAAUUUCUGCGUUUAUUUGUGGCUCAUGAGGCGAUUAUGACAGACCGACCACAACAACAGGUCAGUUUACAGCAGCUCAGGAAACACGGCGACAGGUCACAUGGUCAGACAGCACCUCUGCGUCUGCCUUUAGAUCAUAGUCUGUAUAAACUACGGACAACUUGGCUCCUCCUUCCUCCAGUUUACGGAUUUGAAGCUGAAAAGUUUUUUCUCCACUUCCUGAAACCAACAUUCGGCGGGAGAGUCGCUGUGAUGACGCUCGGCUCAAACAGCGUAUCCCCCGGUGAUCUACUCAAUCUCUGUCCUCCCAUUGGCUGUAUCAAGUGUCAAUCAUAGAAAACAUGAACCCCCUAAUAACUUUUAAAAAUGGAGCUGUACAGAAAAAAGAGGACUUGAGCACAAACCAGUCUGACAGUAACUACAUGUCAACAUCACAACCAGGGGGGAGAAACAUUUAUAUUCUGUGUCAUUCAUUUAUAAAGUUUGUCCACAGCUCCAUAAGGAGGCGGGGUUUAUGACCUAUACUGCAGCCCGUCACCAGAGGGCGCUGUUCUCAGAGAGAGGAGGCAGACGGCGUCUAUUCUAGAUACAGUCUCUGGUUUAGAUAUGUAAGUCCACUUCAUGCUGAACAUGACGUCACCUUUUUUAAGACAGUUUUAAAGUGAUUUCAUCGAUGGGUUUGUUCGUGUUUUAAUGUUCUGACUUUAACUUUACUCUUUUACUCCGACUCUCCCAGAACGACAGGAACGACAGAGCGCUGGAUUCAGAACAGGAGGAACAGGUCAUUUCCCCGUCAUGGAGGAGACGACCUCCUGCCCUCAGGUGAGAACGUUCACAGGGAAUCAAGGUGUCUCAUCAGACCUUUAACCAAACAACAUGUUAACCUCUCAGAAAACAACAGUUUUAUAGAGUCUGCUGAGGUCAAAGGUCAGGGUCGAUGGAUUGGCCAGACAACAUGUGACCUUUACGACAUGUGACCUCCCCCAGGCUCCUGCACAGCCAAUAGAGAAGGAGACAUAACCUUCAUCUUUACAGGCUGUUCAUGAUUUGAUCACCGCUAUGGCUGCAAAAUUCAGGGAAUGUUCAAAGUGGUAUGGGGUCAAUAGAUUUGAUCUAUAAUAGUAUUAAUAUUUAAAUCGAAAUAGGUGCUAAAUGUAAGUUAUUUUUCAUUUCAUUGACCGUUUAAGGGGCGAGUUUAUUAUGGUGGUGGUAGUUACCUCAGAUGUGAUUCUGUUUCUUCAGACUCAGACAGUUUUCUGAAAACAUAUCAUCAUUUAUUUCAUUAAGGACCACUUUAGUCAAAAUUCAUUUCAAACAUGUUUUACAUCGGCGGUACGGCUCUGUUCUGAGGGUUCCCCGCCCUUCCAUGCGCUUGCAUGGAACGCCACGGCUAUAAGAGAGGAGAGCUCCUCCCCUUCCUGUCAUGUGCAAACAUGAAAAGCCAAAGUAGAGAAGCAGCAGCAAAUAAAUACGAUUCAGAACGCACCUUAAAACCUACCUGUUUACCCCAGCUUUUGGUUGAGUUGUCACCUGCUUUUACUCGCGUACGCUUUUCUUUUAUUGUUGUUAUUGUAUGUUUCCCUUUUAAUUACUUUACUUUUCUUGUAGCUUUUAUUAUUUUAUGUUUUUUCUCCUGUAAAGCACUUUGUCUGGCCUGUCCUAUAAAGGUGCUAUAUAAAUAAAUGUGACAUUGACAGAUAAAUACAUUAACAUUACAUUAAAGUUUCCGAUUUGGAAUAUUUCCAAAAUUCUCCAGCUUCACUUUCCAUGGAAAAUUUCUGGAAAUUUACCCGAAAUUUUCUGUCCCUUUGUGACCCUAAUCACCAUCCUAUCAAAAACCCAGAAGCUCCUCUGGUGGCCUGAGUUACCAUCCUCCACACACACACACACACACACACACACAUGGAGGUAUAUAAACACAUGAUGGUAAUGUAUUUCACUCAGGGCCGUACAAACAGAAGAAGAUAAUAUCUCUCCUCAGACGUGUAAAUGGAUUCAUAUCCUGCAGAAGAAGAUGGUCGAACACAUUAAUUUGAAUGUGUGUGUGUGUGUGUGUGUUUGUGUGUGUGUGUGUGUGUGUGUGUGUAUAAUACAAUAGUUUAAAAGCCCAUCCCUCCCGGUGCUUUCUCUGCAGGAGGGGGAGAAGGUAAUCUCCGUCAGAAACAUGUUCCUGGAGCGUUAAUGCGAGCAGAGACACUUUCCCUGAUUUUUUUCACAGAAUUGUUUAAAAUGCUGCGUAGGUGCACCCUGAGGCACUUUGAUUCAAGCAGAGAUAAAAUUGCAUGACAAUAAUUACAGAGAUUAAAUAUGACCUUCUAAAAAAUAGCAGGGUACGGAGGAGCACUCAGCAGCCUGCAGAAAAAUAACCGGAUGUUCUCCCCUCCCUGACCUCGCUGUUUCCUCCACGUCUUUAAAACUGCAGAGUCUUCUCGGCUAAAAUCUCUGUGGAUCAGAACCGGCUGGGAAACCGUACAGAACCUGUCAGAUAGAAUAAAGACUCCUCUCACUGCUGGUGUGGGUAUAAUGCAUCGCCUCAAACGCAUUACUAAAUGGCCUCGCUGUUGACGACGCCAAAACCUUUCAAGAUGUCAGUGUUAAGUGUGAAACGGUGAAAUCAAUAGAGCCGUGGUUCUGCAAACUAAACAGUGAGCGGUGAAGAUGAAGUGCAGCCUUCUGCUGUUAGCCAGUCCAUUCAUCCUGGACUCAUAAUAAAGGGGAAGAAAUAUCGGUGCAGAAAUGGAUUUACCUGCUACGAUCAUUCUCACAGGUGAGUUCGCAAACACUGAGAUUCAGGUGGAGACAGCAGCAGAAUACUGAGUGGGAGCUGCUCCGAUAAUGUGUGUGAAUCCGAGCGUUUCAUAUAAAUCAGGGAACAAUAUGAGAGGAGGAAACAGUAUUGGUUAUUACCUUUUAUCUUUUAAUGAAAAUAAGGAUUUAUGCUUUGAGAGUCCUGAGUGCAGCCUUUAACUCUGAUGGAUGUUCUUAAAUGUGACCUUUUAUGGGCAAAGGAAGCUCUAAAUCUGUUUUACAGAAAAGUUCAGAGAGAGAGAGAGAGAGAGAGAGAGAGAGUUUCUGCAGACCAGUUACAGUUUCUUUUAGUGUGGGAUAGAGACAGGAGGUUUCAGGGCUGCCACACAUAAACAAACCUCAACCAAAACGCCACAAAUAAUGCUCCGAACAACACACAUAGGGUCCCCAGUCUAAAUUCUUUCACCUCCACAAUAUUGCCAAACUCGGGCCAUUUCUCUCUCGUCCUGCAGCAGAGAGACUCGUCCAUGCCUUUGUCUCCUCCAGGCUCGACUACUGUAACGCGCUUCUCAUCGGGAUCCCGGGCAAGAGCUUACAAAGGCUCCAAUAUGUUCAGAACAGCGCCGCCCGGGUCCUGAUGAGAGUGCGUAAACAUGAGCACAUCACCCCCAUCCUUCGCACUCUGCACUGGCUCCCCGUUCACCUCCGCAUUGAAUUCAAAAUCCUCCUUCACACCCAUCACUGUCUGCACGGUGCAGCCCCCACCUACCUCACCGAACUCCUCACCCCACAUACCUCAGCCAGAACCCGGUCAGGCCAACUGCACCGUCUGCGCCCGCCCAGGACUCGGCUCAAGACCAUGGGUGAUAGGGCCUUCAAGGCUGCUGCUCCCCGUCUGUGGAACGCCCUCCCCGAUCACCUCAGGGCUCCACAGUCAGUGGAUGCUUUUAAAAAAGGACUCAAAACCUUUCUCUUUCGGAAAGCCUACCUGGACUAAUUUUAUCUGAUUUUUUCUGCUGACUGUUUUUUUAUGUUGUAUGUUAUUUAUUGUUGCUUGGUUUCUACUAUUACUGUUGUCUUGUGCACUUUCUGAUUUGUUUUUAAAUGUAAAGUGCGUAAUAAAUAAAAUCUAUUAUUAAUUAAUUCUACACCGGAAUAUCCCUUUAAGUGCUUUGUGGGUGUGGCCCCUAACUCAGGUCCAGUUUUGAGUCCCGCUCCAUGGAGGUUCCUGUCCUCAGAAGUCCUCAGCAGACCCCCUCCUCUGACCUGAAGUUCUCCGUCUCUAACAGUUACUGA